AUGAUCAACAUCUAUUUUUCGCCCACCUCUGUAACAGGCAUUGCAGUAAUGUCUUUAGAUCGAAUGCAGGCGACGUUCCACCCAUUCAGGCACCGUAACAUCAAAAAAUGGGCCUACGGGGUAACAAUUGCAGGCCUCUGGACUUUAACUGCGAUGAUAGUAAUUCCCUUUCCGUUAAUAAGUCUCUAUGGGAACCUGCAUCAACAGUGGCAAGUGCUAUUUCCUUUGUACUUAUGGCCGUCAUACUGUUGCCUUUGCCUUAUUGUUAUCUGUGUUUCUUACACCUCCAUUGCUUUAAAAUUUUGGUGUGGAACCCGUCCUCCGUCCCAUGGUGCGGCCAAUAGACAAAGAAAACUGACUGUGACAUUAUUCAUAAUGACCAUUGUAUCUUUGCUGCUGUGGUUACCAUAUGUUGUACAUAAUUUUGUUCCUUUUUCUGUUCUAGAUACUAAGUUUUCUUCCCUGACAUAUUUACGCUUGAGAUUAUUUUUUUCUCUUCUAUACCGCACAAACUCGCUUGUUAAUCCCAUUAUUUACACAAUAAGAAUGGCAGAGUUGAGAAGAACUCUCCUGAUAUUAUUUAAA